AUGAAAAAUUUAAAAAAGUCACAGUCUUGACGUCAUGCGAAUGUCUUGAAUGAUGAAUAUUUAGCGAAUGUGAUUUGGUUAAUUUAGUGACUAUUUUAGUGGACUCAUAUUAAUGUGUUUAGUGAAAUAACAAAAAAUGGAGACUGAAAGGAUGAUAGAAGAUACAAUACCACCACAGGUGACGUCUCUAACAUGCCUGGACAGCGGCGUGCGUCCAGCGCCGAGCAGCGCGGCGUACGCGGCCGAGAGGGACGCCUGUCUCAACUUCUUCUCGCGGUGGAACGAAACAGAUCAGGUGGAGUUCGUGGAACAACUACUGGCGCGCAUGUGCCACUAUCAGCACGGUCACAUUAAUGCAUACCUCAAACCGAUGCUGCAGAGGGACUUCAUCAGCAUGCUGCCCAAGAAAGGCCUGGACCACGUGGCCGAGAACAUCCUGUCGUACCUGGACGCGAGCUCGCUGUGCGCCGCCGAGCUGGUGUGCCGCGAGUGGCAGCGGGUCAUAUCCGAGGGUAUGCUCUGGAAGAAGCUGGUCGAGAGGAAAGUGCGGACGGACUCGUUGUGGCGGGGCCUCGCCGAGCGGAGGGGCUGGAUACAGUACUUGUUCAAGCCAAAACCGGGAUGCCAGCACCCGUCGCAUUCUUUCUAUAGACAACUGUACCCCAAGAUAAUCCAGGACAUAAGAUCGAUCGAGGACAAUUGGAGAAUGGGCAGGCACAACCUGCAGAGGAUAAACUGCAGAUCAGAGAACUCGAAAGGUGUUUACUGUCUCCAGUACGACGACAACAAGAUCGUGUCCGGUCUCAGAGAUAACACCAUCAAGAUAUGGGAUAGGAAGACGUUGCAGUGUGUUAAGGAAUUGCAAGGUCACACAGGAUCAGUACUAUGUCUCCAGUAUGACGAGAGAGCCAUUAUAUCAGGCUCUUCAGACAGCACGGUGCGUGUGUGGGACGUGAAUACUGGCGAGAUGCUCAACACGCUGAUACAUCAUUGUGAAGCUGUACUGCAUCUCAGGUUCUGCAACGGCAUGAUGGUCACAUGCAGUAAGGACCGGUCGAUAGCCGUGUGGGACAUGACGUCCACCACGGAGAUCCUGCUGCGGCGGGUACUGGUGGGACACCGCGCGGCUGUCAACGUGGUCGACUUCGACGAGAAGUACAUCGUGAGCGCGAGCGGGGACCGCACCAUAAAGGUGUGGAACACGUCGUCGUGCGAGUUCGUGCGCACGCUGAACGGGCACAAGCGCGGCAUCGCGUGUCUGCAGUACCGCGACCGGCUCGUCGUGUCCGGCUCCUCCGACAACACCAUCCGCCUCUGGGACAUCGAAUGCGGCCAGUGCAUCCGCGUGCUGGAGGGGCACGAGGAGCUCGUCAGGUGUAUACGGUUCGACAACAAGCGCAUAGUGAGCGGCGCGUACGACGGCAAGAUCAAAGUGUGGGACUUACCUGCAGCGCUGGACGUCCGCACCCCGCACCAGGACCUCUGUCUGCGGACCCUUGUCGAGCACACGGGCCGCGUGUUCCGGUUACAGUUUGACGAGUUCCAAAUAGUGUCGUCGUCGCACGACGACACCAUACUGGUGUGGGACUUCCUCAACUACGGCGGCGCGUCGCCGCGCGAUGGCGCUGCGGGCGCGGCGGGCGCGGCGGCCGGCGCGCUGCCGCGCCCGCGCUCGCCCGACGCCCCGCUGCCGCGCCCGCGCACGCCCGACCACGACAGGGACCUCUACGACUAGGUAAAAAAUAUCGCAUUAAGGACAUUGGUUGUGAUGCGGUAACAGUGAAGUGUGAUACAGUGACACUGAAGUGAGUGUACCAGGCGAACAUGAGUCGGUAGUUGUUACCAAUACGACUUUGAGGCCUAUGAGGUCGCGACAAGUGUAUUCAUAAGGCCGCUCGCAUGAUCGUAUGUUUAUAUCUAUAUAAGGUUGAUUGUGAACUAUUUUGAACUGUAUAUCAGAGUGUAUAGAGUUCAAAGUCUAAUACAGUGGAAUGUUUGAUAUUGUAAAAUAUAUUUAUUAUACAGAAAGUGUAAAGAAUUGCCGGGGAAUUGGAUUGUGAAAUUGGACUGUAUUGGUCAUAUAUAAUAAGGUUCAAAUUUAAGGCGGAUAUUUUAAAGGGUGCUUAUUAACAUAAAAAUAAAAAAAGAAUAAAAAAUAAAGAAAUAUAUAACGCAUUAAAUUAUUAGAAAUGAUUUAUGUAAAAAGUAUCAAAUCGGUAUGGAAAUAAUUCGAUUAUUUUAAUGAUAAUAAUCAAGCAUUAAAAUAUCCUGAUCUGAUUGUGAUCUUGUAUGAGGUGAAAUUGAGCUCGUAAGUUUGUGUGUGAAAUUUAAAAAAAAAAAUAGGAAAAUAUGUAAUUAUAAUUUGGAAAAAAAAAACAAAUUUACACAUUUGAAAUAUCAAAUACGAGAUAAAAAUAGUCUAUAUGUCCCUCUCUAUCUCAUAUGGUACGUGUAUACCAAGUUAUAUAGUGAUUGUGGUUGAGCCGUUAAUUAAGGGGCGGGGGGAGGGAGGGGGGUGUUCAGUCCCAUACAGACAAACUCACUAUCACAUUUAUCAUUGUUAGUAAACAGUUUCAAUUUCACCCUACACAGAACGCUGUCAUUACAUGACUUACAUUAUAUUUGGCAUGGGUAAUAUAUAGUUACAAUAUAUAUAUAUUGGUACAAUAUCGGAUAUAUUAAAUAUCGCUUAUCCAAUAUAAUAUCGAAUUGAGGACCGCGAACGUAAUUUAUUAUGUAAAUAUCCGACCGAUACGAGCGAUUUUUCGAUAUCAAUAUCCAACCAAAUAUAUAGAUAUCGGAACGGUACGAUAUUACCCACGCCUGUUUUAUUAUAGGAAACGAAGACUUACAUGAAUUACUAGCGGUUAUUUUUAUUAAGGCGAAGCUUGUUGAAGCUUUUUAAGGCGAAUUUGUAUAUCAUUAAAGAGAGGCGUCGCGAGCAAUCGUAUAUCGAAUUUUCAUCACCGUUUCAGUAUUUGUUAGUGGUGAUCGUUUCCAAGUGUGCAUAAUGUGACCUUCACUGUACGAGGUCUAAAAUGACCGCUUUAAGGUGUUCACCUAUGUAUUUUGUAUAAAAAAAAACUCAUGUUAAAAUAAGUAAUAAACAUACAUUUACCAGAGGGAGACUGUAUAAAAGUCGAUUGCUUAGGUACCUCUGUCCCUAUCGUGUUUCUACCCUGAAGCAGUUGUGUUUGCAUGGCUGUGUUUCGGUUUGAAGGGUGCGAUAUGGCAGUGAAUUUACAGGGUACAGAGGAAUAACACCUGAGUCCUCAGGAAUAGAAACGCAUGGGGGGUAUCAUGGGCGAAACAGUAUACUCUGUUAUGUCCAUGGUACUGCUCAUGUCUAUAGGCGAUGGUUACCACUUUCCAUCAGGUAGGCCGUCAGCUUGUUUGCCAUUCUAAGUUGUAUAAAAAUAAAAAAUAAAAAACAUAUAUAGAAAAUUUAUAAUGAAAUAUCAAAUAUGGAUCGUUUUAGGUGUAUAUUAUGAACGCACGAAAGUGGUCAUUUUAGAUCUCCGGGUUGGGGACACGAAACAGGCGGUGAAGUAGUGUUGGGCAGAAUGAUAUUUCGCUCCACUGUCUAACCCGUAUGAGAGAUAGCGUGAAGAUAUGUACUCGUAGAUAGAAUGACGAAACUACCCCAAUUUGAAGAUUAAAAAAAUACAAAUGUUUCUUUUUCUCAUAAAAAAAUUACGCUUGGCUUUUUUUUUAAUUUUGCAAUAAUUUAAAAUGAUGUUUAUAUAGGUAUAUGAACACGAAACUGAAAAGUACCGCCGGGGAAAAAUCUUGUGUAAGAAUUAAUAUGAUUUGUUUUUAUAAUUUGCGUGCAUACGUUAACUAAAAUGUCCUAUAGUCAGUUUUAAUCAUCACCAUUAUUUCAGCCGUUAAUUGUCCACUGCUGGACAUAGGCCUUCCCCUUAAGAAGAGUUUUGCUAGUAGUUGCCACGCUUGGCAGGCGGGUUGGCAAGCGCGGUACAGUUUUUGUGAUGUUUAAACAGUGAAUCUGUUGCCCAUUCCUAGACCAUUAAGCCCCCUUAGUCGCCUCUUACGACACCCACGGGAUAGGAAAGGGUGGCACAUUCUAUGCCGGGACCACAACACGUUUGUUUCAAUAGAACUUGAGAAUGUGAAACGAGUUAUUGACUCUACCAAAAUACCGUCUGACUGAUAUUCAAUAAUAGUAUAAAACAAUUGAUUUUGUUGAUUGAUGAUUGGCGCUGAUCAUCUCUAUUGACGGCUGUUGCCACUUCCAUCAGGUGGGCCGUCAGCUUGUUUACCAUUCUCAUUUGUCUAACGUAAAAUCCUGACCUCCUUGCGGUUCUCCCAUGGUUAAUUCCUGAUGAAUUCAUCAUGAUGGGCCAACUGGCCUGUUUUCAUUCUCAUCUAUCACCCUUCACUGGUGCUCCGCCAGCGUAUCCCGUUAGCGCAGCGUAUACCGUACCAUUUUCACCCGUCAAAAAAAUAACGUAAAAUCCUGAACAAGACACCAAAUUUAGCGUCUCCAACAGUGAUUCGUACAUUUAAAUUGCAUUUCCCCUGCAAAUUACAAAUCAUCAUUUCAGCCAUUAUCCGUCCACUGCUGGACAUAGGCCUCCCCCAUAGACCGCCAUAAAGAACGGUCCUGACCCACCUGCAUCCACUGACUCCCUGCAAUGCAUUUCAGAUCGUCACUCCAUCUAGUGGGGGAUUGUCCUACACUGCAUUUUCCCGUAGAGGGUCGCCACUCAAGAACCUUUCUUCCCCAUCGGUUGUCGGUUCUUCGAGCUAUGUGACCAGCCCAUUGCCACUUCAGCUUGCUUAUCCUUCGGGCUGUAUCUGUUAUUAUGGUCCUUUUGCAGAUAUCCUCGUUUCGGAUUCAUAUACGCAAAAAGACUCCGAGCAUAGCCCCCUCCAUAGCCCAAUUUUAAAAAUAGUAGCCCCAAAUUACAAAUACUAGCCUAAAAAACUAAAUACUAGUUCUGUUGUGUGCUGUUUCUAUGUUCAGACAAUUCUUUUUUAUUUUCCGAGCAUAUAAUGUUUUUUUUUAAGAUUUUUUUAAACAAAUAGUUACUCUUUCUUCCCCGGCUGUACAAUUGUACUAAAAAUGUAGGAGACAAAAAAAUUAGUUAUUUUUUUCUUUUAUAAUUAAAUGCUAGAGAAAUAAAUAUAUUGAUUGUGUGCUAUGAGAGAGGCUUUCUAUAGUACUUUAGGUAGUUUAUGACCAAUUUGACUUUAGCUUUGCCUAACUUAAGAUUUUAAAGUACGCCAUCCGAAACCUUAGUGCUGUAACGUUAAAGUUGAUAUUCCAUUGAAGCUAAAGUUGAUAUACUUGUACUGAAUUGAUGCUCUCCUAGUACGGAAGAUCGAAAAAUCAAUAUAUUGAACAAAGUUCGCGUCAGAAUAGAGAAGUUUACAUUAUACUCUGUGUAGGUGGCGCCACCGUGUUACAACGUAACGACAUGACAGUUUUUGGAAGUCUAAAAACAGAGAGUGAGUGAAAAAAUAACGGCCGAAAAAUAUCCUUAAACGUCUAUUACAGACUACAGACUGUAACGGAGAUGAAGUUUGUUUACGUCAUAGCACAGUGGCGCUCCCUAUCGUAGUAAAUUUACUUUUAAUUUUUCUAAAUGACGCGACGUAUCGUUGCUACUUUCUGUGCGCCUAGUCGCGAUAAUCACUAUGGUGUCGAAGAAUCGGCUCGACACUUCUGUUGACAAAAUUAAAAAAUGAAUCUAUGCAACCACUUGGAGGUACCAACAAAAUAAAAUAAAUGAUUAUUCGUAGUAUUGUACAAUUAUUUAUAAUAUGCUUGUUUUUAAAAUAUUGAUAUCAAUAGGUAUCAUACGAGACGUUAUUACUUUAUAGUAUACAAUUUUCGAAUUCACCGUACUGGUUACAUAGAUUUCAUGCAAUUUUCCUGUUUGAAGUAACGCGGGUCUCAUGAUGAUAUCAAAUUAUUUUUCUUCAAGACGCGCGCCCUUUUUGUCUUGUCAGAUUUAAAUAAAGAAUGAUAGAUAUUUAAAAUGUAUAUAAAGAGUAUAAGGCUGCGUUUCCAUUCGGCCAGCAAAAUUGCAGGCUUUCGUCGUUUAAAAAAAUCGUACUUAACGUAUCGUAAUUAGGUACAAAACCAAUUGGCGAAUACAAAGAAAUGAUGUAGAUAAAUAAUAAUAACACUAGAUACAAUUAUUCAUAGUGUAAUAGAGAAUGCGAAGCUUCGAAUGUUCGUAUAAUUAAUAGCAAGAAAUUUGAAUAUGGAAUAUUCUAAAUUCGAUUUAAAUUUAUGUGUUAAGUGUGGAAAAAAUGGCAAAUGUAUUGAAGGAAUUAAAAAAAAAAACUAGGCUGUUGUAUAAAGGCCCUUUUACACGAUAUUGGGGCGUCUGUAACAUAGAUAUGAUCCUAUGUAUGAUAAUGUAACCCUUAAUUUGCUACUUCUAAGGACCUGAGCCUCUGAUAGCUAUUCGAAUAUUAAAUAUUGUAAACGAAGUUAUGCAUUGUUGAAAAUUAUAUUAGAAUAGCUUUUGCCCGUUGCUUCGUACGCGCGGAUUUUGACAGUAGAAACGCCACUAGAUGGCGUACAAGAUGAAGCAUAUACCAGAUUUUAAAUUGGACAUUCAGGAACAUAACUGUGAACAGCAUCCGAUUUGGUGCAGUUGUUUUUGUGUAAUGGAAAAAAAAUAAUAAGUACAGACAAAGAGACAUUUUUUAAUAAUGUAUUUUUCUUAUUAAGAUCUCUCGUAUAUUUUUUUUUUCUUAAAUAUCUCCCCUGCAGUUAUGUCGUUAGCGUCCUUCGAAGGGAGUGAUCCCCUAGUGAAAUAAAAAAUUUUUUCACUAAAAAAAUAUGGGUCGAAAAAUGACUAAAAAAAUGUUGCUGUCAAGUUUCGUAUCAUCAUCAUCAUCAUCUUCAUCAUCAUCAUCAUCAUCAAUAUAUCAGACAUUAACUGCUCACUGCUAAACAUAGGCCUUCCCCCCCAUAAAGAGGGGUUUUACCACGCUUGACAGGCUGGUUUGGUAUGGGCAGCUCAAUUGUCUGUUGUUUUUCGACCCAUGUGGUGGAACUUGUUCUUAGUAUAUCUAAGAGGCAAACGAAUUAUACAUUUUUGCCCAAGCAUACGCAUGUGAUAGAAUGAGAUAGCAAGUCAGCCUUUUUGUUCUUACUCAUGUGAGUACGAGAACGGACACGUGUCUGUCGUUAGAUGCGUUUGCCUUGCUUAGGAAGGCAAUUUCACUAGUAGAACUGCCCCCUGGGCCAGUAGGCAAGUUGUAAAUGACUUCGUUGUACCAGGCAUACAUAAGUUGUUAAGUGCCUAUCGCUUUACAUGUGUUCGAUUGAAGAGUAUGGGUGUCAGUGGAAAUGCGGCCUAAAUGUAUGUGUUUAUUACCACAAACAGGUUUAAGCUAAUGCUACAUUUAGCAUAUUAUUGUUCGGGUGUUUUCGGCAACCGAAAGCCGGUGGCCGAACGUAGCAGUCAGAAUCUAUCUAUAUCUAUAUCGCUGCCACUCGGUGUGAAUGGACCCUACAGGAGUUCGAAAUUCGAACGUGAACGGAAUGAACCCAAAACUGGCGUUCGAUUUUAAUCUUAUUUUUAAAAAUAAUAAUAUGUAUAUGCCGUCCUUCUCGUUAUUGUAUAGUUAAACAAGGAUAGACAAUAUUUUUCGUUGUGGCAAAUUAAAUUUGCAGUUCUCUAUCUCAAUUUUUUUUUUUACAAUGGCUGCUGUUAUGUUUUGCGAUGUCCAUACACGUGCGUAGCGGGAAUUUUAUGAACUCAGUGUUUCUGUCGUUUCCGACAAUUAUUUCGACUCCAUCCGGUAGUCUUCAAGGGGCGUAAGGUGCAUUGCAUCACAGCGUCUCUGUCGAAUUGUGGGCUGCAGCUCGCAGAGCCCGUGAAGACGUUGGUGCCGUAGAGGGGUGUGGAGGUGGGGGGGAGAUAGUGGCGGAGUACAUCGUAUUAAGAAAUUAACAUAAAUUUUAGAAAUAAUAUUGUUUUAGUUAAAUUGUAUUUUGAAUUAACUGGGAUCAAAAGGGGAAAUUAUUUAAAAAUAUUUUAAAUGCGUUUGGGAGUCUUAAAUAGUAAAUAAGUUGGAAAGAAUAUGAAGAGAUGGUAUUUAUUGCGUGGUGUAAUUAGAGACACAUUAGGCCCGAAUAGCAGAAGGAUGUGGGUUCGAAUCCAUUCAGAAUGUGUACGAAAUAUAAAUUCUUCAGUCUAUUAAUAAUUUAAAGAGAAACUGUUUGAAACUAGCGACCCGCCCCAGCUUCGCACGAAUCUCUUGAAUAACUCUAUCUAUUAAAAAAAACCGCAUCAAAAUCCGUUGUGUAGUUUUAAAGAUCUAAGCAGACAGUUACAGACGGGAAGCAGAAUUUAUCAGUGUGAGUACAACGAGAUCCAUUUAAUUUCGAUUACAAUUGACUAUUUCAUUUCUAUGGUGCCCUAGUACAUCUCUCUUUUCAUUUAAGAGUUUCCUCUUGUCGGUGCAACUAAUUCAUGCAUCUUCCUCCAGCCAGCUCUAUCCCAGGCCAUAUCCUUUAUCUCCCUAUACGAUAUGACGCCUAGUGUUUCCUUUAUCUGUCCCAUGUAGUUAAUCCUCGGUCUUCCUCUUCCUCUUUUGCCCUCUAUCUUUCCUUCUACUAUUCUCUACUGAAUGUUAAAUCUACUUAAACGAGCAUAAAUACAGUAAAAAGAUUACUUACUGAUUAUUCCCGUUUGAAACUGUUUUUUUUUUCCUCUAACGAUCAGUUUUUUUAAUGAAUCUUUUUUUUUUUUUCUAAAACUUGUUUUUUUUUUUGUAAAACGAACGACGAACUAAAUUUUAAGUCUUCCACACCAGUAAGGCCUGUCCAGUUGUUUUGAAGUCUCGUAUCGAAGUCUCUAUUUUUUUUUUGUCCUUUUUGAUUCCGAUUCUUGGUCUGUUAUGUUUAAUUUAUAACUUUUUUUUCCAUUUUGCUGUCAUGUUGGCAAUGUUGGAAUUGUUUUAAAACACUGUAUUGACAGUUGCUAUUAAUUUAUCAAAUGGACAGUAGCGAGAAUGUUAACAAGUUUUCUUUCUUAGAAAAAACUUUUUUUUUAAAUAUCCUUUAGAGUAAUGUUUUUUUUUUUUUUUUUUGUAAAUGUAUUGAUAAAUUAAAAAAAAAUGUCUUGUUUAUUACUGAAACAUUUGUAAAACUAGUUGCUUUUUGUUAAAGUUCAAAGUUUAGAGAGGAUUAUAAAUAAAAGUGACUAGUUUUUUUUUGCAUAGAUAUAUUGUUAAAAUAUGAAUUUCAUGUUCAAUAUUGCUCUAAUAUUGCGUAUUGCGCCCCAAUAAAUACAGUGCACCCACAGUUAAAGGCAUUCCGUUAUCCGUAUCCACUGGCGAGGACGGGAUGCCUAAACGAACCAUCUAGAACAAGAUUUUCUAAACUUUUAAGAUAAUGGAACGUCCACCAAAUACCAUUAUUUUUUUAUGGAACCCUAUAUCAAAGAUUACAAAUCAAAAACACUGUAAUUUAAAUAAGAACAGAAGCUUUUAUUAGAAAUAUUUUAAAAGUAUAACACUUUAUAGUUUCCUUUAAUUUUUAGUGUGAAGAAUGAAAUUGUUUCACUGUGUUAAUAAUUUCGCGGAAUUCUGGUAACUUUUUUACGGAACCCUCUUUAGGUAUCGCUUGCUUAGAACGUCCAAAAAAAAAAGAAUGUCAUAUACAGAUAGAUACAUGUCACAUCUGUCUCUCAUUAGGACAGUAUUGGACGGGUACAUGGGAAUUAGUUUCCAGUUGGCUUUUGCCGUCUUUCUGGUUGUCCGGCUCGAAUUAACAACCAUUAUACGUUUACUUACGACUGUGUCCCCCCUCUGUGACAUUUCGAGCAGCUUGAUUAUGUGACUCGAAACAAUUUGCAAUGGUCAAAAAUCGCACGAUAUUUUCCGUCAUUUUUGGCUUAUUUUGUAAUACCUAGGAGCGUUGAGCGAGCGACAGUGCUUCCUCUGCUGAGCGAUUUAGGAAUUAAAAUGACUAUUAUGAAUUAAUUCUGUUUUGCCACUUGAUCGUUUCUACUGUUUGUAAGUGAAAAGUUCAAUAACCUAUGUAGCGAUUAGGAAGCAAUCGUGCAAUAGAAUCCCAUUUUUUCGACAGUUAAUCGUUCGCGAAGUGUUCGCUAUAUGGGAAAUUAAAUCUCAAGUUAGAUCGGCCGCUGUUACGCGUAGACUGAUGUAGCGAUAUCGUGCCUCCUUUCCCGAGGCAGAAAUAUUUUUUCUACCCACACAUUUGUAUACUUUUUUCAGCAAUCAAUCCAACUCUUGCCAGUAACUUUGCCCAUCACUAGGUCUUAUACCUCCUUAAAGUGAAAUGUCCAAUGAGCCGAUUUUAUCUAUCGUGCUGUCUCUUUCUUUCGAGCUGAUUUCUCAGUUUGAAAGAAAGUGACGGGUGACUAAUUUUUUGUUUUAUUAUUAAAGACUGUGUGUAUUUUAUACGCACAGAUAGGAUACGUCUAAUCGUAUGUAAAGUUUGAAUGUUCCGCCUUUUGUUAUCUUUCGUUGAACAUUGAUGAUUUUAUAUUUAAUUUGUCACGAAUAUUUACAUGUACGUUUCAAAUCAUAGACAUUGAUAGAGACAGAUGGCGCAAUUGCCUCAAUUUUUUAUAAGUACUAAAAGUCAAAACGUGUUACUAAUUAAUUUUGAUGUUACUAAAGCAAUUUUUUUUGGCAACAAAUAAGCCGCGCUACAGUUGCACGGUAUCGAGGCUUAAUGUUUUAGUUCUCAGGUAUGGUAACGCGUGAAAGGCGAUACAGUGUACUCUGUUAUGUCCACGGUACUGUUCGUGUCUAUAGGCGACGGUUAUCACUUUCCACCAGGUGGGGCGUCAAUUUGUUUGCCAGUCAUCUUUUUACAGUAGGUUUUGCGUGCGUUGACAGUCGGUCAGGACAAAAUAUUUUAUUUUAUAUAUCAUUAAAUCGAAGAGAAGUCAACUGGUUUCUACUGUGUCUAAUUUAGGGAUGAAAAUAUUCAGUUGCGCCGUCUAAUUGAAUCUGUAUCUAUGGUUAAAACUUUGUUUUUUUUUAUAUAUACAUUUCAAAUGUAAAAUGAUGAAUCCCAUUGCCCAGCAGUGGACAUGUGUUAAAUUACAACAAAUUACAUUUGGCGUUUCCAACGCCAUCUGUACGAGUAGAUAGGACUAAUACACGCUCUGAAGUAUUUAUAGGGUCUUAAAUAAAAACGAUUUCAGCGGUUUCAGAUUGUCUGUAUAUUCGUUCGUUUAGAAUUUCCUAUUUCGUCGCAACUCAUAAAUGGCGAACCAAAAAUAGGGAUGAAUUGGGAAAUUUUAAAUACUUAUGUGUGAAUGAAUCGGGAAUUAACCAAUAAUAAAGGCUCCUUAAAGGACUAGCCUCUGGAACGCGUUGCUUUAUUGUAGCAUAAGGUAACGCUUAAACCAGCGUUGCCUUGCAACUAGUGAUGUCCGAGUCGGUUCGACUCGAGUAUUGACUCGAAUAGAUUAAUCGACUCGAGUACUCAAUAUAGAGAACUCGGGUACACUGUAUUCGAAUAUAGGUUUCGAGUAUGUACUGUACUCGAAUAAUAUACGUGCGUUCAUAAGUUUUUUUUUCUCUAUUCCAGCAUUUUUUUUAAUAUUUUUUUUAAUUACUAAAGAAAAAUCAUUAGGUUACUCUGAACAUUAGUUAUUCUUCAUAAAAGUUUAGGUUAAGAAUUAAAAAAGUACUCUUAGACUGAUAAAGUACUCGAAUACCCGUACGAGUCCUCGAGCCUUGUCAUGUCCGAGUCCAAACUCGAGUCGGUGUUCGAUUGCCUUUUUUUUAACGAGUACCUAAAAUAUUGAAUAUCGAAGAAGGCCGUGUCGGCACAUCACUAGUUGCAUCGCUAAAACCGCGUUUAGCCCCGUACGCCUUACGCCAUUUUUUUAUUGUGUAAAUUAAAUUGUAUGUAAUAAAUUGUAUAGCAAGUAACCGAAUCGUCUCGCAUGUGUAUAUAUGGCUUUAAUUAUAGUUUUAAAAUUUAUUUUAUAUCCAUUUCUAAUUUAUAUUUGAACGAAAGUGAGUGAGCAUAUGUUGUAGGUACUUAAAAAUUCAUAUAGAGCGUUUAUACCAAGUUUUGUACAUAUAAUAUAUGUAAAACACGUGUUUUCUUUUUUUUUUUUUUUUUUGUUAUUUAGGUGUUGUAACACCUGUUUCCACUGUACCACCAAAAUAUAUGUUACAAACAUGUUUUUCUUGCAAUAUGUAUUUUUGUGGAAAUGUGAUAUUUACACGAGGAAACGGGCUGACUGAUUGAUAUAUAAUAGCCUUAAAAGAUGGGUCCUGCUAGAUCUAGAAGCAUGGAAUUUGGCUAAGAAAGGGUUUUUGAGAAUUCGUCCCUGAAAGGGGAUGAAAGUUUGAAUGGAAGUUGCUGAUGACAAGUGUCAUCGGGCAACAUAGUGUUUAACUUUUUAAAAUAGUUGUCGACGGUUUAGGUAGAUAAUGAUAGCACGUUCAGCGUUUGCGUGAUAUAAUCGUUUACCAUCAGGCGGGCCGUGUGGUUUAUCACUAAAUGUAAAUAGAAAAAAGUAUAUUGCACAAUGUAACUGAAUUGAGACUUUUUUUGAAGUCGAUAGUUGAAAGAUAAUCAUAGCUAAGAUGCUAGAUUACAUAGUCUGUGCAUGAGAUAGAACGAAACAACAACAUAUCGCGUCUUUUUCUCUCUUAUGAGUGCUCUAAACUAAUAGUAUUUGUCGAAUGUAUAAUGCAGUAGAAACUCCUUAUUUACGCUUCCUUUGUUCCGUUGUCAAAUGCUAACGCCGCUGUAUAAGUGGUUCGACUUUCCAUAUUGACGGUUUCAGUAUUUGCCACAUAUUUAAGGAAAACAUACACUCCGCGAAUAAAGAGCUUUUACUGUACUUAUUUGCCACCUCACUAUGGCAGGCAUAAUUUGUUGAGAGUUUUUCCAUUUCUAAAGUCUUCAUUUAAAAAAAAACCAGUCGGGACCAACGGUUUGGAGCGUCAGACCAAUGUGAAAUUUAAAUAAGCUAUUUAUUGAAAUUUGAUCUUUAGUAACAUUUAUAUUUUGGGCUCAAAACCGCUCGCUCACUUUCGUUUAAAUACGUCUCAUUUAUAUUUGACACUCCGCCAUUUUUCGCGCCAAUCGAUCUCAGCGGAACAAGGAGUGAAGUACCAUAAAUAAUUUCCUAAUUUUUUUUUUAUUGUAUAGUCUAGGUUUAGAGAUGUAAUAGUUUUUAUUAAUCCAUGCAGUAUACAAAUGGCUAUUAUGUUUUAAUCUAUAUUUGUAAUACACUACUUUGUAAUAAUAAUUUUUUUUUUUUUUAAUGAAAAGUUACGUAAUAAAAAAUCUAUUGAUAUUGGAGCGUUUCCUUCCAUGACUAUAGAUUAUGAAUAUAGAUUAGUCGAUUAUAAAUAUAAAUAAAUAGACUGCUUAUAGGUUUUGUUUGUAAUAUUCAUAUGGAACUGUAAAUAAUUUCUUAAUAAUAAAUAAAUGAAUGUC